ACGAGUUGACAUGGACCAAUCUCAAUUGUUGGCAUGUUGGCAUUGUUGAUGACACGGGCAAUGACACGAUCUUGCAACCAAAAGCGAAGCCAACCAUUGAAGCCUUCUUCGAAAUCAUGAUAGCACUUUCACUGGAAGCCUGAUGACAUCAGGGCCACAAAAUACCUCUCUCUAUCUUUGGUAUACCAAAUUAGAUAGACUAGACUAGCUACCUAAUAACUAGCAACCACCACGAACGCCGAAUUUUAGAACGCAAAACAGAACUACAGUAGCAAUCAACAGCAACAAUGCUGCGACAACUGACCAAUGCCGCGACGAAACGACGCCUCGUCCGCUACCACGCUCUGGCGUCCUUCAGUACGGCUCCACGACCCAGCAAUCCAGGUGCCCUUAGCCUAUCGUACGCAGAGUGGGCCGCUGCCAAUGCUGCUGCCAACAAAAAAACGGGACCACAAGUUGCGCGAGCGGAAAAAGUCAAGCCGCUGCACAAGACACUGAACAAGCCAUUUCAGUUUCGAUACAACAGUCUGGUGCAAAUCCCCGAGAAUACAACUCUGACGUUUGGUAGUGGCGGUGACUUUGGGUUGCGUUGCGAAGAUUUUUCCGUGGCCAAGCCGGGCACGGGAGGCCAUGUGGUGUUGGGCCGCAAUGGCACGGGCAAAUCGCUGCUCGUGCAACAGCUUACAACUCCCCAACAAGAUUGGAAACUUCCGAGAAAAAUAGCCCAAGUCUCGUUUGACUCCCAUUUGCAAGUCCUGCAGGAUCAUCCUCAUCGGACGGUCCAUGAUUGUAUUACGGGAGGUUCCGGGAACUUGAGCAAGGCGGCGCAGUACCUUGUAGUGCGUUUUGGUCUAAAGCCUCUGUUGGGCCGCACGCUUUCCACGUUGAGUACGGGGGAAAUCCGCAAGUCGCUCCUUGUCAGUGCUCUGGCGCAACAACCCGAUUUGCUCAUUCUAGAAAAUGCCUUUGAUGGUUUGGACUUGAAAUCACGACAAGAACUCCAGAGCAUUGUAGCCAAGACCAUGGAAGGACUGAGCAACAGUGGCAAGCUCCUCGUGCAGAGCGUCAAUGCCGAGUAUGUUCCACCGGCUCAAGUACUGCUCAGUACGCACCGGCCUGCUGAAAUCACAAAGCAAAUAUCCACCGUCAGUUAUGUGGAUGUCCAGGAAAAGGAGCACGUCCUACGAACCAUUCCACGUCCUCGAGGAUAUUCCCAAGAUCAAAUCAUGUUCAUGGCGUUGGGCUUGGACAAGGAUCACAACAAGGAUGCAACAUGGUCGGAAGUGGCGCCGUGGAACGAUCAUGCCGAUCCGACUUUACCCACGGUGCAAGACAUUCAAGACGUGUGGCCGUCCUCAAGGCGUGAUGACGACGAGCCGCUCCUGUCACUCCAAAAUGUUUCCAUUCGCCGACGCCGCGAUGACUGUCGUGACAAUGACAAUGACGAAUGGGCGACCUUGUUGCAACCCUUGGAUUGGGAGCUGCCAAAGGGGCAACGCUGGCUGGUGGCCGGUGGCAAUGGGGCCGGCAAGUCCACCCUCACUCGCUUUUUACUGCACAACGAGGACAAUCAGCAAAACGAGGCAACGGGCGACAAUGACACCACCAAAGACUGGACGUCGGGAACCUACACGCGAGCCGCCACCAUUGGCUGGGUGUCGACCGAAUCUCAUUUGGGACAAACACUCGAAGAAGCCAAUAAUCAAACGGCCUGGAAUGUCAUUACCAACGAUGGAGCUGUGGAGGACGAGUCGUUGGUCACAACCAUGGUCGAUUGGGUAUUUGGAAGAGACGACAAUAAGCAUACUGUCUGCGACAAGCUACGCACGCAAAAGUUGUCGGAGCUAUCGCAAGGAGAACAAAAGUUGGUGUUGCUCGUUAAAGCAUUGGUGUUGAGACCCGAUCUAUUGAUCUUGGACGAACCGACUCAGGGACUCGACUUGUACCACCGUCGCCGUGUCCUUGCCUUGCUCGAACGAUUGUGCCAAGCCAAUGCCGACAUGGGGCUGGUCUACAUUACGCACUAUGAGGAUGAGGUCAUACCGUCGAUUGAUCACGUGCUGCACUUUUUCCAGGGUCGCAGUUUGUAUCAAGGUGAACGAAAGCAUUACAAUCCACAAGAACUAGAAUGAAUGAAUGCAUGAAUCAAGGCAAGGCACACCAACUAAAUAGCUACAUUUAGAACCAUGCAUGAGACCGGAUUGAACAGGAACGGAUACAAGAAGGCCGCAACCUGCACUGUACGGAGUAUGAUACAUACAUUGAUUAAAUUUAGAAGCAUCAAAAUGAA